AUGAUAACAGCACUUAUUCUAUUGUCGCUGGUUAUCUCGUCAGCAAGAGCUGUCAGAUGCCUUGAUUGUGUUGGUAAAGACUGCAUGGGUUCAUUUUGUGAGGGCGAUUACUGUAUACUCUCGCAGUAUGCACCACGAUGGGGAACGAUAGAAUGGGGGAAGCCAGAAGUAGUCAAGGGUUGCAUGACCGGUUCACUUCUACGGAAAGAUAUACGCGACCAUUGUGAGGUGGCCGACGAACGAGGGAAGGAAGUAUUCACGUGCUUCUGUAACGGAAGAGACAAUUGCAACGGCGGCAGAACAUUACAAAGACUUGGCGUGGAAACGGUUGAGCUGUUGACAUGUGUAUGUUCGGGUGCUCACUGUAAAGAAGACACAUGUAUUGGUGAGCUGUGCAGCUAUGUAGUCAAUCAUAGGACAAAAGAAGUUGAAAAGGGUUGCGUGAACGCUUCUGUUCCGUUGGUAGAGCGACGCUCAGUUGGAGCCUGCAUGAUCCCACCAAUUACAGGAGCUAUGCAUCACACAGUUGCAAAGGACGCAUCGGACCUCUUGAAAACGGAAUCGUGUGUAUGUGCCAAGGACUACUGCAACUCCGAGAAACCUGAGAUUACCAUCCCCGAGAAACAAAAAUGUCAGACAUUUGUCAAUACCAAAGUUAUGGGCACUCAGAUGAGUUCCAAAAAUGUCACGUGCACAGGAGAAUUCUGUUUCAAGGCACGAAUAAGAUCGAAGCUGGGGCACAUGUCCGAAUACAACACUAUCGGCUGUGCGUCAUUCACUGGAGACGAUUUACUUGCAGAAGAAAUGAAUCCAACCGGCUGUGCGAAAUUUUCCAGCGAACAACUUGAAGUUACAGCUUGUUUCGAGACAACGGACAAAGCAGCAAUAGGUCGCGCAAGGGCUAACCAAGAAGUGCGUGAGCCCAAGAAGAAGCCCAGCAAAACGAAGACGAAAAAGCCUCCUCCAAGGAUGGAAAUAGAGUACGAAGAAAACGAUGUGAACAAUUACGAUGAAGAAGACGAAACAAAGGAAGAAGUUGAGCAAAGACAAUCUGCGGAAAAGGAACCAGUGGAGGUGGGUGAAAUUGAGGAUAGAGAAAAGGAAAAAGAUGUCCGUGACGAAGGACAGCCGACUGAAGUUGAAGUGACAACAGCGAAAAGCUUCAUAUUCGAGAGACCCACACAAGCUCCAAUACCGGACGACUCAAACACAACAAUGAUUGCCAUCUUUAUAUUAAUAAUGCUCUGCAUUGUGGUGUCAGGAGCUGUAUGGAAGUUUGAGCUCCACAAGAAAUUAUUCCGAUCAAGCUACGACAGUGUUGCUGGAGGUUAA